AGUAGAAUCGAUCGAAUCGUUCUCUUUGGCGACUCGUGGUGCGUGAUCACAGCCUUCUCUGGUUCCAUUGAAAUCCCAACAUAUACCUUCUAAAUCGAAAUGGGUAUUCCAGCUGGUGAUGUCGAGAAAGGCAAGAAGUUGUUUGUUCAGAGGUGUGCCCAGUGCCACACAGUGGAGGCUGGAGGCAAGCACAAGACUGGCCCGAACUUGAAUGGUCUUUUUGGUCGCAAAACUGGCCAGGCUGCAGGAUAUGUCUACACAGAUGCUAACAAAUCUAAAGGCAUUACCUGGAAUCAUGACACACUGUUCGAGUACUUGCUGGAUCCCAAAAAGUAUAUCCCUGGUACCAAAAUGGUGUUUGCUGGUUUGAAGAAACCAAACGAGCGUGCUGACCUCAUUGCCUACCUGGAGGAUGCCACCAAGUAAUCACUGAAAAGAUCACUACCUUCAUAGGCAAACAAUUUUUAGAACCAAAUCAACCUGCAUUCUGUGUAACAAUGUUUUAAAUGAUACAUUGAAUAAAGUGUAGAAAAAAAUACAAACACAAAAAAAUGG